AAAAUGUGCUUUGCUUUGAAACGUUCCGAGUAGAGCCUAAUUUCAUGGAUAUCAAACCAAUUGCUAUAAAAGCGAUACUGAUCGGUGGUAGUCCUGCACGCUCUCAGAUACGCCCCAUCUCGAAAUGACUAUAGUCUCAGAUGAUCCCUCUUGGUGGCCGCUCAUCAGUUACACUUGUCUUAUCAAUUAUUUUAUAGCUGCAAGCUCUACUGUGGUGGCAUAUGACUGGGUAUUGACAUUCGGACAAGAGUUCGAAUUAAUCUUGAGGCAACAUUGGUCCCUCAUGACUGUUUUGUACAUUUGUGUGCGCUACAUUGGACUAUCAUAUUACGUCGCCUACCUCUUAUCAAGUUUCCCCAUUUCGAUUCCUGACGCAGUGGGUAUUAUGCACCAAUGCAUGCCAUUCCUAUUCAACUACUGACUACGCUCCUAUACAGGGGUGAGUGAUACUCUCAGUCGGUUUGUGUUUUCAAGACAAUGACUUCAACAGUUG